AUGGUUACCCGUGUAGCUAUCCUCGAUGACUAUCAUGGUCUGUCAUCUUCGCACUUUUCCAAAUUGGACCCUUCAAAGUAUUCUUUCGAGCACUUUCCAGCUACAUUGCGUCCGUAUCACAAUGACGACACAUCCCAGGCUGAGAGGGAUGAAUUGGUUCAACGAUUGGAACCAUUCGAAGUUAUUGCUACCAUGAGAGAAAGAACACCUUUCCCUAAGCAGUUGAUUGAGCGUCUUCCUCAACUCAAACUCAUUCUUAGCAAUGGUCGUCACAACAAGGCCAUUGACAUGCAAGCUUGCCACGAGAGGGGUAUCCCGGUGACAGGCUCUGAUGCCCAAAUGGCCACGGUGGCUACCUUGGAACACAUCAUUACCAUGAUACUAGCGAUCUGCCGUGACAUUGCACACAACGAUGCAGCUGUCAAGAGUGGUAAGUGGCAGACCAGUAUGGUCACUGGUGUCACUGGGAAAACCCUCGGCAUCGUUGGCUUGGGACGUCUGGGUAGCUCUGUUGCUCGAAUCAUGAGUUCAGCUUUCGGCAUGAAAAUCAUCUGUUGGAGCUCAAAUCUGACCCAGAGCAAAGCGGACCAGCAGGCGGAAGCCCAGGGGUUGUCAGUUGAACGCCCAGAUGGCGAAAAGACAUUCAAGUAUGUUAGUCGCGAUCAGCUCUUUUCUACCUCUGAUGUAGUCAGUCUGCAUUUAUUAUUGUCCGAUCGAACAAGGGGACUAAUCAAGUCCGAGGACUUGUCAAAAAUGAAACCGUCUUCAUUUUUUAUCAAUACUUCCCGUGGUCCAUUAGUGGUUGAGGAAGAUCUGCUUGAGAUUCUGAGGGCAGGGAAAGUCCGAGGAGCAGCGUUGGAUGUUUUCAACUUGGAGCCUUUACCAGUGGAUAGUGAAUGGAGAGACGGAAGUUGGGGGACUGAAGGCAAAAGCCGGGUUAUUUUGACGCCUCAUAUCGCGUACGUAGAAGAGCGCGUCAUGAACGAGUUUUAUGAGCAUCAGGUUGCAGAAUUGGAAAGAUGGUCAAAAGGAGAGGCUUUGAGGAACACAAUGUCCUAG